AUUGCUUUUGUUUGAUUGUCAAGUUACACUUUUAAGUACAGCGAGGCAAGUGACGCCAUUUACGUUUGUUCUGCAAAGAAAUUAAAUUUAUUUGGAAUUGUGCUAUUGUGACAGUUAUCUGUGAAAUAGAACAGCAUUGGUUUAAUAAUAUUGGAAUUUUGAUUAUGUUUAUUUUGGUGAACCUGAAUAUUUGACAUCGAAAUGUCGGGCGGUCGGUUGGUCGUCCUGGACCGCCUUGGGCGGGAUGUGAAGACUUACCCUCUUGAAGAGGGAUUGGCCACAAUAGGAAGUGAUCCUGUCUGUGACAUACGGGUUAUGCUGCCUACGGUCAGUCCUCAUCAUGCUACGCGCGCCGUGCUGGUGCCGGCGCAGCGCGCCUCCAUGCCGGCCUCGUCUGGUGGAAAACAAGUAGCGAUCGUGCAACCGCAACGGCGAGAUACGAACGAGCAAGCCGAAUCUUCUCGAUCGAAUGCGAAGACUAGCAACAAGCGUCCGCGUACGAGUAGAAAUGACGAGCAGGACUCCAUCAUCGAGGAGGCCGACGGCUCCAAGAGGAAGUCGAGCCCGCGCAGCAGCCCGAAGAGCCCGCACAUGCACGACACGACGAAGGCCACGCUGUGGAUCGAGUCGCGCAAGACGCCGCGCGCGCCCGCCCUGCGCCUCGCGGCCAUGCGCGGCGCGCACCGCGCGCGCACCGCGCCCGUCGCCAAGAUACGCGCGCCCGCGCACAUAGAUCACACGAAGCAAGCGGCUAUCAUGCUCAUGACGGGCCACACACCGAAAUCUAAGCAAAGUCCGAAAAGCAAACAGCCCUCAUACGUGGUCAAAAAGCCGAGUCCAGUGAGACGAACACCGAAGCAAAAGAAGCCGAGUCCGACGAAGAAAACUCCGAAGGGAAAGAGUUUGAGCGGCUUAGAAGUUACUCCGAAGCGCAUGAGCUGCUUUUCUGCCUCCCGAUCCAGCGCUAAGGCAGCCGCGGACCUCACUGCAUCAAUAUUAGAAAUUACUGAUUCUGAUUCCCAAACAGUACGUGGAAGUAACACGUCAGUACGAUCCCUGCGUAGAAGCACUUUGCGUUCACCAGUUUUACCAACUCCAAAAAAAUCAGCUCUCAAAGAUCCUUCAGCUAAGAAAAAUACACGCAAGACAGAGUCAAUCAAGUUCGACUUAAGUAAUCUGGAGAGCAAUGCACAAGAUCGAUCAUCGGAUAUAUUAUUUAUUACAGACACGACUAAAGAAAAUUCAUAUAACGGUGAUUCAGCAGACGACCUGUCGCUGCACUAUUCAGACACUUCGACCACUCAGUCACCUUCGCCGAGAAAAUCUAUACAUUCUAGGAGCAGUCGAAUGUUAGAAAAAUCUUUAGGAAGUACAUUCGUGUACAAUACACCUACACAGGAACACAAAAACAUAUCUUCAGAGUCACCUCAUAGUCAAAAAUGUUCAAGGGGAAGUUUAAUUGUUCAGAAGGCGUUAGAAAGCUCGAAUUUAGAAUCUUCAAGGUAUUCCCGAAGAACGACAAGAACUGUUUCAGAUCAUAGUUACAGCACCACAAUUACGUCGGCCCGUAAAACUAAAACUUUAAGUCCGCGGUCCUCGAACCGAAAUAUAGAAUCAUAUUCAAUUGUUGACUUAGUGUCGAUUGGUUCGAAUGACUCUAAUGGGAGUGUGUACAAUUCCGCUGGUUCCAAUAACAGUACAGUGGCGUUUGACACUCCCCAAACUAUAGCCAGUAGAACGACUAGAUCGAACAAUCCAUCGUUACUGGGUUCGAGUACUCCAUAUUUAAAUAGAACUUCAUCACCAAAACCUAGUCCUGAAGUAAACCGCAGUACCAAGUUGCGAGUGUCCACUGUGACCACAAGACGGUCUGCUUCCAUCACUACGCCAGAAAACUCUCAGAAAAAGACUCCCUUCAAUAGUACAAGGAUUUCUAAAAUGUCUCGAAGUCGAUCCAGAAUAAAUGAUAGCGAUAUCCUACUUGUAGAUGACAAUGAAGAUUCGUCACCAAAAUCAUCGAGGCGUACUAGUAAAACGAGCAUUGCUAGCCCCAUAGUAAGGAAAAAUAUUUCUAAAACGGAUGUACCACCUGAAAGUCCGUCGAAUGGUACACUAACACCAACAAAUCGGUAUAGUCCUGCAGAAGCUACUACACCUGUACUUAGUAUUCAAAGUCUGUUAGACCAAAGCGCAUUGAGCCAAAGCUCCACAACGUCUAAGCAAUCUGAAACUAGAUCAAGAGUAGCAAAUCUGAAGAGAAAAACUGUAGGUGCUAUCACUUCACAGCCUAAAAAAUAUAGAACGAGCAUUAAAUCAAGGUCGCUAAGUUUUAGUAGUAAAAGAUCUUUGAGAGCAAGGAAGUCGUCUUCUGAUUCAAUCAAAUCACAUCGAAAAACACCUAAAGAAAAUCAAAAAAUUGUAACUCCUAAGAGUGCUGUUAAAUUAGUGCAAGAAGCAGUUAAAAAUAAACAUUCGACCGCAAAGAAGCCCACAUCCAAGCGCUCGAUAAUUGACAAUCUUGAUGAAUCUGACUUUGUAAAACAAUUAUUCAAUAGUCCGGUUAAAAGAAAAUUAUCUCAGAGUAUGACAGAGUUUUCCAGAAAACAACUUUUCGAGGAUGUUGAUUCACUUCCUUUAAGACCGGCAAGAAGAACCACAGCGUUGACAGGAAGGUCACCUGAUAACUCCUUAUUAAAUCAAUCUGAAGCAUUCCCACCGGAAGUGUUUGUAAGCCCUUUAAGCACUCCCGGUAACAGCCCUAAUUUAUCUGGAAUAAAACGUCUAUUUGCUAAGAAUACUCCAGAGAAUGACUUACGAAACGUAAGAGGAGUGAAGUCAUUGCUAAGAACUCCGCGUAAUAGGAAAUCUAUCGGAAAAGACCUAAGUAAAGUUUCGGGCGUGAAAAAAGUGUUUGCUAGGUCGCCGAGAAACCGUUUGAGUGAUGUGAGAGUUAAAGAAGUGUUUGCUGUGUCGCCUCAAAAUGACUUACGACGUGUAUCAGGGGUGAAGUCUCUAUUUCAAUCAACAAGGAAAGCGAGAUCACCAAAAAAUACCCUAGACGAUUUAACGGGUGUGAAGAAUUUAUUCCGAAAAUCGCCAUUAAACGACUUGCAAAAUGUAACAGGUGUGAAGAAAACCUUACGAGUCAAUUCACCAAGAAACGAUCUGACGGACGUUAGAGGUGUCAAACAAUUAUAUAGACAUAAGGAGAUCCGGAACGAUUUGAGCGACCUCAGUGGCGUCGAAGAAAUAUUCCAUGAAUCGCAUAAUCUGGAUAGCACUUUCGACCAGUUGAUAGGAAAACCACGCGUCAGAUACUAUACGAAAUCUAAAAGUUUAACUACCAUCAAUAAAAACAAAAAACAAACGCGAAAGACCAAAUCUCUUCACGAUUCCAUCGGCCUCAUAACGGACAACGUCGAGCAAUGGCUAGACAACGAACUGAAGAAACGAGUCCACAGACCCGACGAGUCUCCGACUCCGAAAAAGUCUAUCAACAAAACGAAUCUCACGCGGGAACUGCAGAAGCUCUCGACCGACACGAUAGAGGGAAGCCUUCCCGUACGAACGUCGAGGGCUCGCAACGGCGCCCUGUCUCGGAACGCGGAGGCGGAGCUCCCACCGGAGCGCAAGAAAUCCGCGUCGGAGGUGUACAGCGCGCACACGUUGCCCAUCAAGAAGAGGUCUCUAGUGGAGCCCGUCGACCGGAGCGGCGAGAGCAGGAGCGCGCUGCCCAUCAAGAAGCGGCUCGUGGCGCACUCCACGCCCGUCAAGGGCCGCGCGCGCGCCGCGCCCGCCGCGCUCGCGCUCGGCCGCGUGUCGCCCAUCGCGCGCGCGCGCUCGCCGGGUAAAACACCACAAGCAAAAGAAUCACCGAAGGUGAACGCAACGAAAGCGAGGACUACUAAAUUGCCAGAAACUCGAAUACCCGACGACUUGCCAAAACCGUCACCGAGGAGAACCCGUGGGAGGGCUUCGGUACGAAAUAGUCCGCAACGAGUGAGAGUUACGAGGGGAAAGAAGAUGGGUCCUCCGGUAGCUAACGCGAAAAAAAGAAGAUCGUCAAUAGUCAUAACGAAGAAACCACCAGUAAUGAGCCCUGUUCCUAAAACAACUAAAAUCAAAACAGUAACAGUUACGAAAAGUAAAUCUAACACGAGUCCAAAGAAAACUAGAUCUAAGAGACAAAAAUCUCAAGCAGAAGAAAAGGUUAUAACUCCGAAAAAGACAAGGGCUAAAACGAAUGUAAAAAGUGUCUCAAUCACCAAACCAUCACCACAACCGAAGGCCAGACCUACGAGACAAGGCAAGAAAAUUCAGGAACCGGUUGUUGACAAUAAUGAUAUCAAGGCACCGAAGAGGGGCAGGAAAGCCGCUGAUAACAAAAUCGCUACUAGAAAGACUGAAGAAUCAAAACCAGAACAAAGAAAACUUGCAGGAAAAAUUGUUACUGAAAAUAAAUCUAAAACCAAGACACGAAAUGUUGAUAUCGACCAAGCGCAAACACCCCCUAAAAAAACCCGCAAAAAUAAUCUAGAAAUAAAUCAAGUUGACAAAUCCCAAAAACGAUCCAAAGCAACGAAAGAGAAAGUUGAAAAACAAAUUACUGUCGAAUCCGAUCAAAUCCGACCCACAAGAGGACGCAAACCUAAAGAUAAUAUGACUACUACAGAAACUGGUAAAAGACAGCGAAAAGUAACCAUAGUAGAGGAGCCUACAGCUACCAAAGCCAGUGGUGUAGAAGUUGUGCCGAGAAGAGGCAGACGCGGCACGAAAGUAGCAGACAAUGUUGAACCACCAAUUGAAAAAGUCAACAAACAGGGUAAAAAUGUUACAACUGGUAUUAAAAAAGGAAAAAGAGCCAAAAAUAGUGUAGCCGAGAGCGAAACUGAAGCUCCGACGGUAGAUGGAAAAAGAGCUAAGAAAACUGCGCCCAAAGAACAAAAUAAAUAUGUUAAAACGGAGACACGAGUCGUAGAAGAAGUACCGAAGACUAAGGGACGAAAGCGGAAGACAAUAAUUGAAGAAUCGCUCGUCGAAGAGCCGGCCGACAAGCGGCGCCGCGGCCUCGUCGUUCAGAGGACCUCCAGCCGGUCUCGAAGAAGAUAACAGUAUCUCUACGGCAGAUACUCUCAAAGUACAAAUUUGAUUGUUAAGGUAAAAUAGAUGAUACUUAGUAUUUGGAGGUUUUGCAUUUAGAGUGUAAUAUAAUUUUUAAUGUAGAUUUACAAUAUCCUUUGAGAGGAUUAUACUAUAUAUUGUUUUUUAGCGAAAAAAAAAGAUAUAAAACUAUUUGAAUUUAAUAUAAGGUGCUCUUCAGAGAUGCCAAAAUAUAGAUUAGUGUAUACUUACGCCACAAUGUUUCAAGCCUUUGUACAAAAUGUAAAUGAUUGCAAAAAGCUGUGGACACAUGUUUAACUAUUAAAAAACAAAUGACCGACAAAUUCUUGAGUAUUUACAACACUUCAAUUUAUUUGUUUAUAUAUUGAAUUUAUUAUAUUUCCUUGGCUUAAGAACUUUUUAAACAUAUGUCAUUUCGGAUAUAGCUUUUGAUUUAUAAUCCGUAUGAAAUAAAAAUCGCGAUUCAUUCAACUAUAUUGUUUACAUUUUGUACAAAUAAAAGCAAAUAACUUAAUAAUUACUUCAAAUUUCGAUGUCUCUUUCAAUAUAAUAGUUUUUAUUGUGGCACUUGGAAUUAGUUAAUGUAAUAUUUUAACAAUGGUGGAUAAGAAACUAAGUUACAUAAUAAAAAUAUAUUUAAUUUGAAAUGUUAAUAAAUUGGAAAGAAAAAGGAAUACAAGAACUCGAAUAUUUGAUCUUCAAUUACCUCACCUAACAUGGUUGCUGACACACUUAACAUGUAUUAUAUGUAAUAUUUUAUACCGACUUGAAGACAAUUCCUUCUUCCACAUCGAGACGGUUUCAAUAUUAAAAGUAUAGUAUUUAUCUUUAUGUCCGAUGUAUCCUUUACCUAGUGUCUAAUUGUGUAACUAAGGAUUAUGUGGACUUUUUGUUUUUAUUAAAUAUGAUGCAAAAAUCUUACAUAUAUGACAAUAAUAAUAUUAAUACGAUUUCCAUAAAUGGCUGUAAAAUUUUUCAUUAUAUAUUUUUGUAAUAAAACAAUUGUAUUAAUUUGUAUACCAAUGUUUAUACUUCACUUUUUUAACAUAUAUUAUAAUGCUACUCAUUUAGAAAGUCUUCUGUUGUAAAAGAACCUUAUUAUAUAAUACAGUAUUGCAUACAUCUAGUUUCUGUAACGCAGAUCAAUCUUUACUAAACAAAACGAAUCUAAAUUGUAAUUGAGUGAUAGCAUUCGAUGACGUAAUACACGACCAAUGAGAGUUGAGUAUUCGGCCAGAUUUGAUUUGCAUUUCAGAAACUAGAGGUUAGUGUAAGAUAUUCCAUAUUUUGAAUAAGUGUUAUACACAAAAAUGAUAUAUAGAAUAUAUAUAACUUGCUCUACUUAGAGCAAAGUUUAAUAUAGUCUGUUUCUGUCACACAUUUUAACAAAACUACAUUAUAGUUGUAGGAUAACUUGAAAAUUAUAAAUGUUUGUUGGUGAUUGAAGCGAUAAUUGUCUCGAUUUACGCGAAUAUUAUAUUUUAAUAAAAGGUGCUCUUCAGAGAUGCCAAACCUCUUACGAUUUAUAUUAACUAGGCAUUAUAAACAUAACAUUACAACUAUGCAACAAAGUUAUUAUUUUUUUAUUUCACUGGGUUCACAGUAUGCUAUUAUGUUUUGCCACCUUAAAACCAUGUGAAAUAUCGAAAUAAAAUUGUUCUAUCACAUCAAGUUCAAUAGUGAAACCAGUGAAAGUAGUAGUAAAAGUGAAAGAGAUUAUGAUUUUGUGCAAAAUGUAAAACUAACAAGUUAGGGUCACAUCUAAAAAUAAGAGAUCAUGAUGAUGACAGAGAGUCAUGAUUGCCUGAUUAUCAAACUAAAUAUUUACAAUAUUUUCAUGAAUACCUCCAAUCUUAAUAUAUAUAAUAUUACACAUGUAUUAAUGUGUACAUAAGUAUGUUACCUACUCGGUCCUCAUAUGCAUGUAAAUUAGUCCACAAAGAAUCAGAAAAUGUGUGUUUAAUACUAGAGAACCUGAUAUUUUUAAAUGUUUUACAUUUUGUACAAAUGUAAUUGUAAUAAAGUUUGUUGGAAUGUAAUUGCUAGUUAAUGUUUGUGCUGUUAGAAUUAGUUUUGUUAAUUGAAUAAUUGUCUCGAUUUAAAUAUUAAUUAUUUGUAAUUUUUUUUUAGACAGUAAACUCAAUAGAAAUCGAAAUCAUAUGACAAAUACACUCAUCCAUGUUCUUAAAGUCAACACGACAAAUUUGAAAAUGGAACGAUUGAUGAUAUUUUCCUUUGUCAUUGAAUGUGUUGAUAACAAGAUAUUGGAAUAACCUCACUUUGACACAGAGACUGCAGAGCACGCAAACGAGCACAAGUGUUGUGUCGCUCGCGUGCUACGCAGACAGCGAACUAGAUUUAAACUUCAUAUAUAUUGUAGAAAUGUUGAAAAUUACAAAGUAAUGUUCUCAAAUUGUAUUUGAAAAUAAUGUAAAAUGUAGCUCAUAUUGU